UUUAUUUCUCAAAAAUAACAUUGAUUUUAUGACAAUGGUUAUCGUUUAAAGUCAGUUUUACACUACAAACACUCUCAAAAUGAAUACGGUAGUGUGUCCCGUGUGUACGUUAUAUUUACGUAAUAAUAUAACAUUAGAGGAACAUUUACGUACACAUCCGAAAGCAAAAGUGAUUGAAGCAUUAAUUUCGGCAACAACAAGUAAAAAUGUUACGAGUCAACCCGCAAUCACAAUUCCACCAUGGCAACAAACGACUACACUCCAAACGAACAAUUCGAUAUUGGUACCAGUUCAAGCCAAUAAUUCAUCAAUUAUUUAUCAACAGUUUAUGAGUAGUAACACCACUCAUAUGGCACCCACAAUGAACGUUCCACAAUAUAUAACAAUACCAACAAAUGGGGGAUUUAAUCAACAGCCGUUGAUUAUGAAUCAACAUCCAUAUUUAUAUCAACAUCAACAACAGCAAUUACAAUUUAUGGCGGCUCCUAUGGUACCCGUUGGAUUCAAUUAUCCCCCGGAUCCAUUAGAGAUCAAUCCAACUGUUGAAACAGUUCCAUCGCAAUCGACAUCGGUUAUUAAUCUUGUUGAUCGACAACCUGUUAUAUCAACUCAUCAAAAAUCAACGGAAUCAAUUAAAAUUCCGAGUACUUCGGAGACUUCGAAUGGUGAAUCAACAAUAACGCAACCGGUAAGCAAUAAAUCAAAUUCAGAAUCUAAUCAAUCAUUUAUAUCCGAACCUGUAAUCAGUAAACCAUCGAUUACUGAACCUGUAAUCAUUAAAUCAACAAGCCAAUCGAUUAUAACUCAACCUGUAAUCAAUAAAUCAAUAAUUAGUGAACCAACAAUCAGUGAAUCGAUUAUAACUCAAACUUUAAUCAAUAAAUCAACGACAUCUCAAUCUACAAUCAAUAAAUCAACAUGUGAAUCGAUUAUAACUCAAUCGAUUAAUCAACCAAUAAUAUCUGAACCUGUAAUCAAUAAAAUAGCAGAAUUUGUAAUGAGUAAAUCAUCAAAUCAAUCGAUUAUAACUCAACCAAUCAAUAAACCAAUAAUAUCAGAAUCUGUAAUCAAUAAAUCAUCAAUAUCUGAGCCAGUAACAAGUCAAUCGAUUAUAACUCAACCAUUAAUCAAUAAAUCAACAAGUUCUGAAACUAUAUGUCCUAAAUCAUCAAAUCCAUCGAUUAUCACGCAUGCUGUACUCUUUAAAUCGAUAACACCUCAAUCGAAAUCUAUUGAAACAUCAUCAUCGUCUUGUUCGAGUCAAAUUGAUCGUUCAACAGUGGUUUGUGCGCCAAGAAAAUCACAAACAUCGCCUGUAUCGGUAUCGACAAUCCAAUUAGCGGAUAUUACAAUUAGUACCGAAGUGAUACCAAAAGAUUCACAAAAACCAGCAACUGAAUAUGUGAAUACAACGAAUCAAAUGGAAAUUAUACCAAUUUAUAAUAAGAAAAAUAAUUUAGAUCAACAAAUUGAUUCGAAUGAAAUGUUGUUGGAUACAAGUGAAAUAAAAAUUGAUGAGACUGAAACGAAAGUGAAUAAAAAAACGGUUAUUGAAGUUUAUUCGAAUGACAAUACACAGCAACAAUGUGAAAAAAUGGAUAUUGAAACGUUUCAUGAAAAGAUGGCGGAUGACGAUGAAGAAGACGAUGCAGAUGCAGAUGAAACAACGCACAAUGAAAGCAAUUAUAUCUUACCAGAUGUAUCGUUUUAUCAGAUCCCAAAGUUUGAGGAUAUGACCAUAGAGAAUAAAGAACCGCCAAGGAAUUCUCAAGAAACUAAGAACGAUAUCGUAAUUAUUAAAAAUGAAGUAAUUUCCUUGCCACCAAACAAACUCGCAUCAGUUUAUCUACCUUCGUUGCCCGAUCACGAUGAUGAUACCUCAUUCAAAGUGGAACAACUUAAGGUAGACCUAGAGCAUGAUGCCUACGGAGAAAUUGUAGAAUUUGGUGAUAUUAAAUUAAUGUUAAAUAAUGAUAUGAUAAAUCAUGGAGGAGCUACCACAGCGGUUGUUAAUGAUUUACAUUGUAUGGAAGAUAUUUAUGACGAUGAUAAAUCGUCACCGGUUUUAUUGAAUAUCGGGGAAAUGGUUACCAAUAAACAGGAAUAUAAUGAAAGCCAUGAGUACCGUGAAAAUGAAGAAUAUCAUGAAAAUCAAGAUUAUCAUGAUAGCCAUGAACAUUAUGAUAGGGAUAGUUUAAAUAUACGUGCAGAUGAAUGUAUGCCACCAAAAGGUGAAUUAUCCGAACAAGAGAGUAAUGGAGCUGGAGAUGAAGAGGUUUGGGGAAAGAUGUUUCAAGAAGGCAGUUCUGGUAUAUCAACAUCAUAUGAUCUGAUUGCUCGUGAAAGUUGGGAAGCGUCUGAUUCAUCUGAUUCCGAAUUAACACCACCCUUACAAAGUCGCAUCUCACCAAACGAUCCAAGCGAAACCAAAAGUCAACAAUCAGAUCCAAAUAAAAGAAUUGUAUAUAAAUGUAGUUAUUGUAAAGAAAUAUUUAACUGUCCGAAGGAGCGUCGUGUCCAUCAAACGAACAUGCACGAUCAUAAAGAUAAAAUAACGGAAAAGGAUGAAGAUGAUGAUGACGAUGUACAAAUUGUUGAAGACGAAGAAGAAGAAGAGGAAGACAUGAAAAAUAUUAAACUCGAAGAUGAAGAAGGUAAAUUUAACGCACAAAUGGACCCAAAACAUACACAUUGUGAAAUAUGUAACAUUGAAUUCGAAGCAAUUGAACGUUACAACGAACAUUAUCGUAGCGAACAUCCAAACAUUCCGAUACCCCGUUACAAAUGUAGCUCAUGUCAAUUAACCUUUACGCUUGAAUGUAAGUUCUCACAACAUUUAAAAAUCCAUCCUCUAGUUUGUCAAAUCUGUUAUAAAUUAUUCUUCAAACAAUCAACUUUACAAAGACAUCUUCGACGGAUUCAUUUAACGAAACGGAAAACACCACCGAAUAAGAAAUAUUCAUGUGAAGUAUGUUUUGAAAAAUUCGCAACUUACGCGAAAAAGAACAGCCAUAUCAAUUCAAAGCAUGCGGAUGUUGCGGCAACGAUGUUUAAGUGUUCAAUUUGUAAUGAGACAUUUCGUAAGCGUAAAAUUCUUAAACAGCAUCGAGAUACUGUACAUAUGUUACGAAAACCUCAACGAGAUUUUGUUUGUCAUUGUGGUGAGACAUUUAAAUCAAAAAAUCGUUUUACUUGGCAUAGUGAAAUACACGAAUCCAAACCGAAAGCAUGUACUUUUUGUAGUGAGAAAUUUGUACAUACAGCAAGUUUAACACGUCAUAUACGGAUCGCACACAAUGAAAAUUACAUCCCUGACGAUAAUCGAUUAAGUGAAAACGUACCCUGCCCAAUUUGCAAGAAAAUGUAUUUAAAAUCAUCGUUGGACGUUCAUAUUAAAAUACACACGGGUGUUAAGCCGUUCUCGUGUCACAUCUGUAACAAAGUUUUCACAACGAAAUGGAAUCUAAAACUACAUAAAUGGACGCAUGCCGCACGACUAUCGAAACCGUAUAAGUGUAAUCAAUGUCAAAGUGCGUUUAUUCGACAGAAUGAUUACGUAUCGCAUAUGAACUCACAUCGGAAUAUCAAACCGUAUACGUGCAAUCAUUGUGGACGUCAAUUUAUACGGAAAUAUAAUUGUCAGCGACAUGUGCGGGAACACGAGAGAGAUAAGUCACAUAAAUGUACUGUAUGUAAUAAAGAGUUUCAUCGAUCGUAUUAUUUACGGGAACAUUUACGGGUGCAUAGUGGUGAUCGACCGUUUUCAUGUCACAUAUGUGGGAAAACUUCCACAACGAAAUCGAAUCAUAAUAAACAUAUGCGUAUACAUCAUGCACGAGAUCCUGUUAGCACCGAAAAUUAGAUUGAUUAUCGUUUUCUUUACGAAUUUCUAUAUUUUUUAUUAACGCAUGCUUGAAGUGAAAUUUCUUUCAGAUUGUUAAUAAUGUCUGUACUUAAAAAUAAAAUUCGUUUAGUAAAUCAUAUGCUUUUCUCGAUUCCGGGCAUAGAAAAUUUCCUCGGGAUGGACGUUUAAAGAUUUUCGUGAUGCGAGUUCCCGCGAAAAUUUUGGAAAUAAAUUUACAAUUUUACUAGUUAGCUUACAAUCUGAUGGAAAUUACAUUCUUACGGUGAUAAAUAUACAAAAUCAUGCAUGCAUCUUCGUUAAUUUGAGAACUUAGACCCGAUUAUUAUAAUACAGAGUGGGGCAUAAUAAUAUAAAAAGGGAAGUUUAUGCGGUUUGAUGCAAUACGUUCCUUAACUGAAAGCAUUUCUUUUUCAGUCAUCUGGAAUAGAAUACUUUCGAUUGCUAUUAAAUCUACGGAAAAAUUCACUCUGUGUGGCAGUCACUGACUUGCAACUCCGAACAAAACAAUCAUACGCCGAUAUUUCAUCAUUAAGCUCUCUGUUCGUAAGAUUAUUAACGCAAAGGAAGAUUGUGUUUCGUAAGGGAAUCGAGUACUUUCGAUUGAUAAUAAAUCUACGGUAGAAUUUACUCUGUGUGACAGUCACUGAUUCGAUACUCUAAAAAAAAAAAAAAAAACAAUCAUCGUUCGCCGAAUAUGCGUUAUUCUAUCGUCUAUGAUUAUGACAACUGAAAAAAGAGCUUUGAGAUAAAGGGACGUAUUGCAACUAUCACAUGCCAGUCACUUAUAUGAUAGAAGUGAAUUUCCUAAAGAAGAAACACUGGAUUAUUCCCCACCCUGUACAAACUGCCUUGUAAAAAAAAGUAUAAUAUGUGUUUACACAGCGCAUGUGUAAAGUUUGUUGUAAAUAAAAUGAGAUAGUUUUUUUAUCUCGGAAAAAAAGAAUUCAUUUAAUCUGUACAGACUUUUUUGCUAUAAAAAAACAACGGGCAGUGGUAUUUGGUAAAACUUAAAAUGACUUAAAAUAAAUUUUUUAAGUUUAUAAUUCGCUUCGCAAUUGAAA